UCUAAAAGCACUAUUGGCUAUUUUCACUUAUAUUUUGAAUUAUUAUGCCUUUUGUUCUUCAUUUCUAAUGUACCCAUGUGCAAUGGGUGGUCUUAGCUUUUUCGGUUUCAUAUAAAGAAUUGCAAUGUCAGUGUUUGAAGAGAAGGUUCUGGUGUUGUUGAAUGCUUUUUCUGAAUAUCUUCAACAUUUGGUCUUGAAAGCCUUGAGAUUCUUUGGUGGAUCUUGAGUGUUAGCUCCUUGAAAUCAAGGAAAGAAGUGGGUACUAGAUAAGUUCUCUGUUAAGUCCCAGUUGGCAAAGCAGAAGAUCCUGAAAUGGCAGAAUCGGCUCAAUCCUCAUCAGAUACAACAAUUCAAUUGCAUGGGGAAGAAUUUUGGCCUCUUUCAGGAAAACCUUACUUUGAUAUAAUACUAGCAAAAACACAUGUCAAACCGUUUUACAAACUGGGGAUCCCAGCCAAACUUCAUCCAAUACUACCAUCUUGUUCAUUCCCUACGGUUCUCACCUUUGCGGGAAAGAGUUGGGAGAUGACAUGUGAUGGAUCAAACAAAAAGCACAAAGGCUUGGACAAAGAGUCAUGGAAAGCAUUUAUUGACGACAACAAUUUGAAGGCUGGAGAUGGAUGCGUGUUUGAAGUCAUGGAGUGCAGUACAAAACUAGUAUUAAGAGUCCAAAUCCUCCGAGGUGACAUCCCAGCUGAACUUUUAGAGAAGGAAAAAGGUGACGAAGCCGAGAAGCCCAUUAUUCUAUAACAAUAUUGCCUUUUCAUGGAUGUAUUAUGAAUUUCCUGAAUGACAUUACUGGUCAGGAACUGAGUAGAGCCUAUAGUAAGAUUCCUGCCACUCUUUAAUAUGUUUAGAUAUGUGUUUCUGUGUAGGUCUUGUGCUGUACUUUGACACGAUUUUAUCUUAGUAACAUGAGAAGAACGUGGGGUGCAUAUUUGGUUUAUUAUCUAGAUAGGAGGGAGCACUACUGAUUUAUGCAGUCUCUUAGUUGAUGAAUCGAAUCAGCCACCUUUGUACUCUUCCUCCCAAAAUCAAUCUAAAUUGUUCAAUUA